AUGAAGCCAUAUAUAGAGGAAAAUAUUCGCAAAAGAAAAAUUGCUAAAGCAUCUGGGGACGAAUUCGGAGUUAUGUACUAUAAAUUAAAAAAUAAUGCCGUCUUUGGUAAGCAAAUGGAAAAUGUCCGAAAACAUAUGAGAGUAGAAUUACUUAAACCUGAUGAGGACAAAAAACUUAAACGUCUUACUGCAUCUCCUUUAUAUGUAGAUGAGUGUAAGGGAAUCCCAAUUAGUGAAGCUGUAUGCUUAAAGCCGAAAAUGUAUUCAGUUCUUCCAGUUGGUCAUGAUCCCAAAACGCCAAAAACAGAGGCGGAUUUCGAAAAAGAGUUAGAAGAAGAGGGUUGGCAGAAAAAGCAUGGCAUACAAAAGGCCAAGGGCGCACGACAUGUAUGGGCUUCGUAG